GAGAUUCCACUCAGUAGUUUGUGUCUCUGCCCUCUCUCACAAUGGGGAGAUUCCCCCCAGUAGUUUGUGUCUCUGCCCCUCCCACAAUGGGGAGAUUCCCCCCAGUAGUUUGUGUUUCUGCCCCUCCCACAAUGGGGAGAUUUCCUCCAGUAGUUUGUGUCUCUGCUCCUCCCACAAUGAGGAGAUUCCCCCCAGUAGUUUGUGUCUCUGCCCCUCCCACAAUGAGGAGAUUCCACUCAGUAGUUUGUGUCUCUGCCCCUCCCACAAUGAGGAGAUUCCCCCCAGUAUUUGUGUCUCUGCCCCUCCCACAAUGGGGAGAUUCCCCCCAGUAGUUUGUGUCUCUGCCCCUCCCACAAUGGGGAGAUUCCCCCCAGUAGUUUGUGUUUCUGCCCCUCCCACAAUGGGGAGAUCCCCCCAGUAAUUUGUGUCUCUGCCCCUCCCACAAUGGGGAGAUUUCCUGCAGUAGUUUGUGUCUCUGCCCCUCCCACAAUGAGGAGAUUCCCCCCCAGUAGUGUGUCUCUGCCCCUCCCACAAUGAGGAGAUUCCCCCCCAGUAGUUUCUGUCUCCCCCAGUC